UGGCGGUGUGCAAGUAGGGAAAUCUGGUAUCUGGCUGAGUGCUCGGCAUAAAACGGAAAACUUGUUAGGAUGGAUAAACUGCGAGGCAACAAUGCGGCUGGCGAGAAUCCCUUCAAGCGGCCAAUGAAUGCCCUACAGAAGCAAUGGUAUCGCGUUUUGUUAGCCAGAAGAGUGGGUUUCGGGCAGCGUCCUCCGCCCGAUGAAAAGGAGCUAACGUACUCAGACAUUUGUCGUAAGCGUUAUACAGCCUCGUUCCGGCGAUACAACGAACAUUUCCGCCGGGAAAUGGCCAAGCAUGAGGAGAUGCAGCGUUGCGCCAUUGAUGCCAUGAGGGUACACAGAACCUUUGCCAUCACCACUCUUUGGCUGCCAUUGCACUCCAAGCGGGAAAUCAACUCCACUUUGGAAACCCUCGAAAAGGUACUAACCGCCAAGGAAAGACGACGCCUGCAGGAGAUACUCAAGCAAGGAGAAUCCUGGCAUUCGCAUCGCUAAAGCAACAUCCAGGGCUACUGCUCAGCUUCAGAUACAGAUCCCUGAACCUGACUCAUCCUCAUCCUCUCAAGCCCAUCACCAUCAUCAUCUGCCACGGCUAAGUGAAUUCCAUUUAGCUUGGAUUUCACUCUUCUCAGGAGCCUGAUUUUUCUUUACUCACUUCAGCUUUUUUGUUUUUCACUUUUUCUUCGUUUUGUUCUUGAAAUUUCGCUGUCAGUGGCCAAAAGCAUUGUCGUAAAUAUUUAAUACCAGUAAAAGUGCAAAGUUCACUUUGGCUAAAACCGAAACUGUGUUGGGACGAGAUCAAUUUUUGGGUAUGGGUUAGGUUAUAGAAA